GCUGCUCGCCGUCUGACCGAGGAGGUGAAAGUCGCGCCACGGGGAGAGAGAAGAAAAAAAAAAAAAAAAGAAAAGAAAAAAAAAAAAAAAACACGCGUGGGUUGUUGUUGUGUUUCACGCGUGGGGCGUCCGACGCGCCGUAGAAAGUCAACAAGAAGGUUUGUCGGAUUUUGUUUUUCUUUUUUUUUUUCGGAGGGCGACGACGACCGAGGGGAGGGGAGGGGAAGAAGACCCGUGUGUGCGCGACAUCUUCCUGCGUGGGUUCACUCCUCGCUCGACACGCCAUGCUCCUGGACGCAGGACCCCAGUACCCCGCCAUCGGAGUCACCACCUUCGGCUCGGCCCGGCACCACUCGGCGGGCGAGGUGUCGGAGCGCGAGGUGGCGCUGGGCAUCAACCCGUUCGCGGACGCCGGCAUGGGCGCCUUCAAGAUCAACCACGGCGCGCACGACGGCGGCCAGGCGGCCUUCUCCGCGCAGGCGCCCGGCUACGCGGCGGCGGCCGCCCUGGGCCACCACCACCACCACCACCACCACCACCCGGGCCACGUGGGCUCCUACUCCACCUUCAACUCCACGCGGGACUUUCUGUUCAGGAACCGCGGCUUCGGCGAGGCGGCGAGCGGCGCGCAGCACAGCCUCUUCGCGUCCGGGGGCUUCGCGUCCGGCCACUCGGAGUCGGCGGCGGCGGCUCACCUGCUCUUCCCGGGGCUCCACGACGCGCAGGCGGCGGCGGGCCACGCCUCCUCCAACGUGCACGUCAACGGCCAGAUGCGCCUGGGCUUCACCGGGGACGUCUACGGCCGCGAGCAGUACGGCCACGUGAGCAGCCCGCGCUCCGACUACGCGCCCACGCAGCUCCACGGCUACGGCGCCAUGAACAUGAACAUGGCCGCCGCCGCCGCGCACCACCACGGCGCCGGCGCCUUCUUCCGCUACAUGCGGCAGCCCAUCAAGCAGGAGCUCAUCUGCAAGUGGGUCGAGCCCGAACAACUCGCCAGCCCCAAGAAGUCCUGCAACAAGACCUUCAGCACCAUGCACGAGCUGGUCACGCACCUCACCGUGGAGCACGUGGGCGGCCCCGAGCAGACCAACCACAUCUGCUUCUGGGAGGACUGCUCCCGGGAGGGCAAGCCCUUCAAGGCCAAGUACAAGCUGGUCAACCACAUCCGCGUCCACACCGGGGAGAAACCCUUCCCCUGUCCCUUCCCCGGCUGCGGGAAAGUCUUCGCGCGCUCGGAAAACCUGAAAAUCCACAAAAGGACGCACACCGGAGAAAAACCCUUCAAGUGCGAGUUCGACGGCUGUGAUCGACGCUUCGCCAACAGCAGCGACCGGAAGAAACACAUGCACGUGCACACGUCCGACAAGCCCUACCUGUGCAAAAUGUGCGACAAGUCCUACACGCACCCCAGCUCUCUGCGCAAACACAUGAAGGUCCACGAAGCCAGCAACCCCGCGUCCCAGCCGUCCCCCGCCGCCAGCUCGGGCUACGAGUCGUCCACGCCGCCCACCAUCGUGUCUCCGUCCGGGGAGAACCAGAGCGGGAGCAGCAGCAGCUCCUCCAUAUCCCCGGCGGCCCCCGCGGUGCACCACACGGCCGGCCACGGCACCCUCUCGUCCAAUUUCAAUGAAUGGUACGUGUAAAACAACAACAACAACAACAACAACAAGACUUUUUGGACUUUGCAAAGAAUUAAACACACAAAAAAAGGACGAAUGCAUGGACCAAAAAAAAAAAAAAAAAAAAAAAAAAAAGAAGGAGCAGUUGUUAUUUUUACUCCAAAAAAAAAGUUGAAUUUCUGUGUACAUACAUCGCCCCAAAAACGGAGAGGAAAUGUAAUAUUUUAUUUUGUACAUAGUCGCUAAAGUGCUCCCCUUGCUAUAAAGAAUGUUCUAGUUGUGUACCAAAAUGUGAACAGGUCAGCUAACAAUACUAGUAUUCAUGUUUUAAUCACUGUUGUUAUUUAAAUGUCAUGUCGACCAAUCGUCUAAUAGUGAAGCUGUUUAUUCUGUACGUGGCAAAUAUACCAACAUGUCGUCUGGGGGGGGGGGGGGAACUAUUAUUAUUAUUAUGAUUAUUAUUAUUAUUAUUAUUAUUAUUAUGGAAGUAGCUCAAUUUUUCCAUAUUUAUCCGCAUGUUUAGAAGUGGUCGGUAUUUAUGGAGAAAUGCGCUCGUAUAUAUAUGUCCGAAUUGAGUUGAAUAAAAAAAAAAACAUGUUUGGAUACAUUUCGUACAAUAUUAAAGGACUGAAAACGACAUUAAAACAACAACAAAAGAGCAUUUAUUUAU